CUGACGCGUUUCCUUGAUCCGAAUUGGAGUGGAGCUCGCCUUGCACAUCAUCAGAACUUAUAUAAGCGUACUACAUCCACAAGAGAAUUCAUCGCUUUCCUUGAUCGCCCAACCUUCUGCCUACACCCGCGAGACAAGAGCGCCACCGCUAGGUCAAGGUCACACAGAGGACAGAGAUCGCGUUCGCCGCCACGCCAUGGCCGCGCCCACGCAGAGCAGCCCGCUCCGCCGGUGGAAGCGUUUCUUCCGCGCCUUCGACUCUGUGGACGCCGCCAUCAAGCCCUCCGACCCUGACCACUCACGCGGCGAGCUCCGGCGCGCCAGGGUCGACAUCGUGGAGCAGCUCUGCGACGCCGCGGACGACGACCAGGCGGAGCGCCUCUGCAGGAUUCUCGACGACCACAUGGCGGAGUCCCUUGAGACGCUGCGACUGAUUCCGGUGAUGCCCAACCUGUUGGCUUCCACGGACCUCGGCAAGUCCGUCUGCGCGCUGCGCAGGCACGAGUCGGAGCGCGUCCGCGUCCUGGCCAGCGGCCUCGUGAGCGGGUGGAGGGCGUCGAUGCAGGACGAGCUCGCCAAGGUCAGAGACGCGCUGCACAAGCUUGACAACAUCAACAUGCCGCAGACAAAGGAGAUCACCGCCGGUCAGCAGCAGCAACAUGUCUCCGCCGAUUCUGACAUAGCCAAGACGAAGGCGUCGGUCAUGAAGACGGUGGCAAUCAGGAAGGAUGCGUCCGGUUCAGCCGCUGGCCUCUGCUCCGAGGAGAAGAUGGAAGCCGCGAAACGCAAAUUCCGCCAAGGUUACCAAGAAGCAGAGGACGCCAAACGGCUGCGCAGGACACAAUUGGUGCAGGCGCCCAAGAUGAUGCAGCCAAUCAGGAGGUGCACCAGCUCCAUGGUCAAGAAAACCUUGUCGAUCAGGACGCAGCUUCACAUGGCUUAGGGCUCUAGCUCAAACAGUUGGAACAUUCAGUACUGCAGUUGUAACUAGCAUUACUGUAAUGCAGUUGCUUGCUUGUCUGUUAUGUACAUGAUCGAAGGAAGUUGAUGAAUUAAAAGUGAGUUUCGGUGUUACAAAUCUACUGACAUGUUCAAAGAACUUGGGAAGAAAUU